AUGGAGCCGGCGUUGCUUGCACUACAGACGCUGUGCGAACGCUCGUGGGAGCUGCGACCGCUGUGCGAAACGGUGCUCGGUAGACUUGUCGCAAUUUGUGGUUAUACAGAUCACUUUCAAAAGCAGAAUUUGGUCUCGGCAGAUAGUGACUUCGUCGAUACAGAAUUAUUGUGGCCAAAACAGGUUGAUGCUGCUCUUUCACGCUUAACACUUCUACUUCAGAGUCUUGCAGCAACCGAAAGCGCAGUCAACCGACUGGCAGUCGCUCCUGCUCCAGUUCGCGAAUUGCGUUCGCUUCAUAUGUGGCUUGACGCUUCUUUUCGAACUUUACACGCCGAACACGUGGAUCCAAGCGCCCUUUGGGCUCAGGAAUGGGAGGAUCAGCUGGAAUGUGUGGAACAAGCUUUGCAACUUGCUGCCCGGGUGCAAGUAGAUGGAGCUGCGGAACGUACAGCUAACGAGCAACUCGAGAUGAUUGCGGUAGUAAAGUUUGCAUUCAGACAGGUACAGGAUGUGACGAGGCGAACGAAGAAAAAGAAGAAGGGAUUGAAUCACAGUUAUAGUAGCAAUAGUGACAGUGGAGCUCAAACGCCGACAGAAGACGGCACGGAACUCUUUCCAGAUCACGAGGAAUCACUGCGUGUGUUAUUUCGUAGAUUAGUACGUGUCUGUGGUGUGUCAGUGCCAAUUUUGCCGUCGUGGUUCUUGUCACCAGCUGAAAUUGUGCACCACUCAAAUUCAUGCUUUCGUGGAGGCCCCCAGUGUCAAAUAACAAGUGCCAGUUGGCUUCGUAGUCGUGGUCAGCAUAAAAGUGGUGUGCAGCAACUUUUGAUAAAGCAAUUAGUUCUAGGGACUUCAGAUUCUGAGAAAGUUUUGGGUCGAGCCAUCGAAGCUGUGCAACGUGAGACCGAAUUAUUGCGGGAUGUUGUGUGCCAUCCGCAUGUACUGCAAUUAGCUGGGGCCUCAACUUUUGGCUCUCAUCCAUUUGUAGCGUUUGUGAGUCCAUGGACAGCGCCAGAAUCUACCUCGUCGAUUGUGACGUCACUUGAAGACUAUUUAAACCUGUCUGUCGACCAUCGACGCCAAUUGUUUCGCUUGCUGGCUCAGGCUGCAACAGGAUUACAGAGUCUUCACGAAGCGUCACUAAUACACGGAGAUCUUUGCUGUGCAAAUAUACUAGUGGGAGAUGAUGGACAAGCAAGACUGGCCAAUUUAAGGUCCUUUUCGCUCUCUCGGUGUAUUACAGAUGGAGAAGAAGCGAGGUACGCUACGUUUCGUUGCUCGGGAUCGCUCCGGUGGCAAGCGCCUGAAUUAUUACGCAAUGAUUCAAAAAUGGAAUUGGCUUCAGAUAUCUAUGCGUUUGGAAUGACUUUGCUAGAGGCGCUAUCUGAAGAAUUACCGUGGGGUUUUAUGGCCGAUGAAGAAGUCCGCGAGCGCGUUUUAGCGGGUGAGAUGCCACCACCUCCCGACGGAGUGGAAGAGAACGUGUGGUCGUUAGUCGAGGCCAUGUGCGACUCGGACCAGGCUGCGAGGCCGGAUAUUUAUACUGUGGUUGAAGAGCUACAAGCUUUGGCUGAAGAGGAACGUGAGCGCGAUGGUGAUGACAAGAGUUUUGAAAAUGAUACGACACGGACAUUGCCCUUACAUCGUGUGUCUAAUGCUGAUUUUUCAAAUCGAGUCGCAACUUCCCCAUAUGUCACCUCGGUCGAAAGCAUACAAAACGUAUCGGAAACCGUCCAUCGUCAGAGCAGCCCGACUGGUCAUUCUCUCGGGAAUCAAGCAAUGGCGAUCGGAAUUUCUGUGCGCGACCCUCCAACAUCGCCGUUGCUCGAGACACCGAAUUCUACGAUAGCGAUUGUCGAACUUCGACAAAACUGGCUGGGUGUCAAGAUUAAUUUAAUCGGCAAUCGCGUAGUUGUGAGCAAGUUUUUACGCUCCGAAGCUGGAGCAGCUGGAGAAAUCGAGGCUUCUGGUCGUGUGGAGCGUGGGGACAUUUUGUUGGCGGUCAAUGGACAGAGUGUUUGUGGUCUAGAUCGUCUACAGAUUGGCGCUAUUGUUCAAACUUCGCCUCGACCUCUGGAAAUAUCGUUUCAAAGGGAUCCUUACUUAUUGACAGACUCAUUUCGGUUCUCUGGACUUGCUAUGGACCCCCGUUGGCGAAAAUGUGGCUCGGCUGUACCUUUGCCAGGGUCACUAGGCCAAAUGUUUACUAGCGUUCAAAAUGGGGAUUUUGAAUCUGAACCUCGAUUUGCCACUGAUCCGUUCUCAAUUGAAAUGUGGUUUUCGCUUGCUGAACAUGACGACACGUUUCUAGGUGGAGUACUGCUUGGAGCCCAGGAUAUACCAUUCCAAGACACAAGCGACGCGAGUCCGUGGCCGUAUGUGCACCAGCAACUUUUAUCUAUCGACCCUUUGGGCAACCUUUGGUGCUCGUUCUUGAACCGUCCUACUUCAAUGUGUGUAGCUCAUGAGCUGUCAUUGAACCAUUGGUACCAUUUAGUUAUAACAUACAGUGGGGAUACCGAGGUUGAUCGUGCCAACUUUAGCAGAAAUGAUCAGUCUAAGCAAGUUCUUACUGUGUAUUUGAAUGGAGAGCAACGUCUUUCGGAAGCUGGCCCUCUGCUUUCAGAUUGGGGGCAAUUGCGUCACAUUAAUAUUGGCUCAGGCUGUAUCAGUGGCUUAGCACCUGCAAAGCCAGAGCCACACUUUUCCGGCUGGUUUGGAUUUAGUGGAUUAGUCUACGACAUGCGUGUGUGGAGACGCAAAGAAUUUACAAGCUCCCAUGUACAGCUGCUUUUUCGAGGCAGUAGUGACUUCAUUGACGAUGCUAAUUACUCACUUCGACGUGACUAUCUUGGUGAGUCUGUGGAAAUGACUAAGGACAAAACUCGAAGAAAUCGCUUAACGUAUGUUCGUGCCACCAAGCUUCAGGACCCAUCUUUUGCCGAACUUGUGCGCACAACGUGGCCUCGUCAGGUCGGAGCCCAAGUUUUUAGCUAA